AUGUUUCGCUCUGCUGCUCGUUUCGCCGGCAAGGAAAUCCGGUUUGGCACGGAGGCUCGCCAGUCCAUGCAGAAGGGUGUGCAGCGUGCCGUGAGCGCCGUUGCAACGACCCUUGGGCCAAAGGGGCGCAAUGUGAUCAUUGAGCAGUCGUACGGCGCGCCGAAGAUCACGAAGGACGGCGUGACCGUUGCCAAGGCGAUUGAGUUCAAGGACCCGUUCGAGAACAUGGGAGCACAGCUUGUGCGCCAGGUGUGCAACAAGACCAACGACCUUGCUGGCGACGGCACGACGACCUCGGCGGUGCUUGUGGCAAGCGUGUUCAGUGAAAGCCUCAGGUGCAUUGCCACCGGGACGAACCCAAUUGACAUGAAGCGUGGCAUGGACCGUGCGGUGGGCGUCAUCCUGCAGAGCGUGGCGGAGCAGAGCCGCAAGGUGACGAGCACCGAGAACAUUGUGCAGGUGGCCACGAUCUCCGCCAACGGGGACGAGGAGCUGGGCAGGCUGAUUGGUCAGGCGAUGGAGAAGGUGGGCAAGGACGGAGUGAUCACCACGCAGGACGGCAAGACGAUGACGACGGAGCUGGAGGUGGUGGAGGGCAUGAGCAUUGACCGCGGCUACAUCAGCCCAUACUUUGUGACCGACGCGAAGGCGCAGAAGGCCGAGCUGGAGGAUGCGUUUGUGCUGGUGUCGGCGAAGAAGGUGAGCAGCAUCCACACGAUCCUGCCGGCGCUGAACACGUGGUGCGCACCGGCGCCCGCUUCUGAUCAUUGCCGACGACGUGGAGAGCGAGGCGCUGACGACGAUGAUCUUCAACAAGCUUCAGGGCAAGCUGAAGAUGCGUGCGUAAGGCACCCGGCUUUGGCGACAACAAGACGCCAUGAUGCAGGACAUUGCCAUCUUUGCGGGCGCGCGGCUUGUCGGCGAGGAGGGCAGUGGCUGGAGCUGGACGCGGAGAACUUUGACCCCGCAAUCCUCGGCACAGUGAAGAAGGCGACGAUCACGAAGGACGACACUGUGCUGCUGAAUGGCGGUGGGGAGAGCAGCAUGGUGAAGGAGCGCGUGGAGCUGCUGCGCGGGCUGAUUGACGGCGAGACAAGCGAUUACAACCGCGAGAAGCUGCAGGAGCGUCUGGCGAAGCUGAGCGGUGGCGUGGCGGUGAUCAAGGUGGGUGGCGGCUCGGAGGUGGAGGUGAACGAGAAGAAGGACCGCAUCACGGACGCCCUGUGCUCGACCCGCGCCGCCGUGCAGGAGGGUAUUGUUCCCGGUGGUGGUGUGGCGCUGCUGCGCGCGAGCAAGGCGCUGGACAGUUUGCUUGGCGACUCGUCACUCACAGCGGACCAGCGCACCGGUGUGCAGAUCAUCCGCAACGCCGUCCGUCUGCCCGCGCACACGAUCGUGCUGAACGCUGGGAAGGAGGGCGCCGUCGUGGUGGAGAAGGUGCUGGAAAACAAUGACGUCACCGUUGGCUACGAUGCGCAGCGCGACCGUUACGUGAACAUGUUUGAGGCAGGCAUCAUUGACCCCGCGCGUGUUGUCCGUGUGGCGAUCACCGACGCCGUUUCCGUCGCCAGCCUGAUGAUGACCGCCGAGGCUGCCAUUGUGGACUUGCCGAAGGAAGAAACCCCUGCGGCCGGCGGCAUGGGUGGCAUGGGUGGUAUGGGCGGCAUGGGUGACAUGUACUAA